AGAAAAAAACGAACCACAUAAACGACACAUUACAUACCGAAACACGAACUUCGUUUCAUUUACAAAACUAUACCUAACCGGAGCAGUCACAAACCUCCAUCUCCGGCCACCGUCAUCACCGCCACAAACGACUUACCUCACCCUUUCAUCUUCACCAGCGCAACCCUCGGAAUGGCUAUGCAACAAUUUGAUCAGUAUUACCACUACCAACAAGACGAACGGAGCAACAUCAACACACUCUUCGUCUCCGGUCUCCCAGACGACGUGAAAGCGCGUGAGAUUCACAACCUCUUCCGCCGUCGCCCUGGCUUCGACUCUUGUCAACUCAAGUAUACCGGCCGCGCCAACCAGGUUGUUGCUUUUGCUACGUUUUUCAAUCAUCAAGCAGCAAUGCAAGCGUUGCACUCCCUAAAUGGUGUGAAAUUUGAUCCUCAAUCUGGAUCUGUUUUACAUAUUGAACUUGCCAGAUCAAACUCUAGGCGGAAGCGAAAACCAGGUGGUGGAGCUUACGUGGUUAUAGACAAAAGGUCAAAGGGGGAAGCCAAUGUUCAGGGAUCGUCAAGUGAUGAUGGUGAAAGUGACCCUGAUGAACCAUCAGAAAAUGGCAGCAACCAUGGCGAUAUAGCAACCGCGCAAAGUGGUGAUGCAGUUGUUGGUUCUGACAAUCAUGUACCUGUGGCAAGGGCGCAACAUGGAAAGGGUGGUGGUGAUGGAGGACCAUGUUCCACUCUUUUUAUUGCAAAUCUUGGUCCAAACUGCACUGAGGAUGAAUUAAAGCAAGCUUUAUCUGUGUAUGCUGGAUUCAACUUGGUCAAAAUGCGUUCUAGAGGAGGAAUGCCUGUAGCAUUUGCUGAUUUUGAGGAAAUUGAUCAAGCUGUUAAGGUCAUGGAGGAGCUUCAGGGAAGCUCGCUUCCAUCAUCAGAUCGGGGUGGCAUGCACAUAGAAUAUGCAAGGUCUAGAAUGAGGAAGAAGCGAUAGAAUAAAUUGGAGCUAGACCAUUUCUGGAUAAUUUGGGUUCGAUAUAAAAGGAAAUAUUGUGUUCCCUCUGAGUAGUUGCAAUUUAUAGAAAGGUUGGUAAGAUGUACCAUUUGCAAUUUACAAAAUGAGUACAGCAGACAGUUAUGUCUGAACCAUGUAAUCUGUUAGAAUUAAUUGAGGACAAUUUUUCAGCAGCGAGAGCAACACUAUCUUUAGUAAACAAUUUGUUCUAUCGUACGAAACAAGUUUGUCUAUGUAUUUUCCCAGCAUCACUAUUUAAGAUUGUGAAUCAAUAUAUGUAAA